CAACAACAAACAAACCUGCACGCUACGCACUGCACGGGCUCCACCGCGGCGGCUGGAGAGACCGGGAGGACGCGCAUGUGACCGCACCGGACAGAGUAGGCGAAGUGAAAGAAGAGAAGAAAGCAUCGAAGGAGUCCCCACAUGGGAGCAACAGUGCUGUCUAAUCCACUUUUAUCUGACAGAAUCUGCCAAAGGACGCUUUGGAAACGCUCUCAUGUCUUCAGACACAAACUGCUAAAUCCAAGGAGCUAAAAACAGAAAGACAAAAAAGCCAACCGCUGGCUGUUCCAAGUGGACAGAUUUUAAAGUAAAAACACGGCUGGAGAGGGGGAGGAUUGUAUGGUUGCCAAAUCCCCCUCCGAGACACACCGCAUCUUCUCAAUCUACGGCUGCCGCCUCUCUCCUCGUCCUCCUUCCAUCUCCCCGUCCUCCUCCGCCGCUCUUCCCUCAUUCUCCCUCGUUCUCUCUCAUGGGAGUGACAUAGAGGCCGUCGCCCGGUCUGCUGCCCCGCCCCUUCUCCGCCUCGCCGUGGAAACAGGGGCGUCCAGGUAGUGAUGUCGUGGAAGAGGAACUACUUUGCGUCAGGCGGUGGAGCAGCAGGCGGGGUGCAGGGGCUGGUGACCCCGAGAACCAUGACCUCCAUCGCACCCAGCAAAGGCCUGAGCAACGAGCCGGGACAGAACAGCUGCUUCCUCAACAGCGCUCUGCAGGUUUUGUGGCAUCUCGACAUCUUCCGCCGAAGCUUUCGACAGCUGACCACCCACAAGUGCAUGGAGGACUCGUGCAUCUUCUGCGCCUUGAAGAGUAUCUUCGCUCAGUUCCAGUUCAGCAGCGAGCGCGUCCUGCCGUCCGAUGCCCUGCGCAGCGCCCUGGCCAAGACCUUCCAGGACGAGCAACGCUUCCAGCUGGGCAUCAUGGACGACGCCGCCGAGUGCUUUGAGAACCUCCUGAUGCGCAUCCACUUCCACAUCAGCGCCGAGAGCCGAGAGGACAUCUGCACGGCCAAGCACUGCAUCCCGCACCAGAAGUUUGCCAUGACUCUGUUCGAACAGUGUGUGUGUAACAGCUGUGGAGCCACAUCAGACCCCCUGCCUUUCAUUCAGAUGGUUCAUUACAUCUCCACUACAUCCCUCUGUAACCAAGCAGUGAGGAUGCUCGAGUGCAGAGAGAAACCAACACCGGACAUGUUUGGAGAGCUGCUCCGCAACGCCAGCAACAUGGGAGACCUGCGCAACUGCCCCAGCAACUGUGGGGAGGUGCUGCGUAUCCGCCGGGUGCUGAUGAACUCGCCAGAGAUCGUGUCCAUCGGCCUGGUGUGGGACUCGGACCACUCGGACCUGGCAGAGGACGUCAUCCACAGCCUGGGAACCUGCCUGCGACUGGGAGACUUGUUCUACCGUGUGACAGAGGAGAGGGCUCGCCAGGCGGAGCUCUACUUGGUGGGCAUGGUGUGCUACUACGGCAAGCACUACUCCACCUUCUUCUUCCAGACCAAGAUACGCAAGUGGAUGUACUUCGACGACGCCCACGUCAAAGAGAUCGGCCCUAAGUGGAAGGACGUAGUGUCUCGCUGUAUCAAAGGCCACUAUCAGCCCCUGCUGCUGCUCUACGCUGACCCCCGUGGGACACCGGUGAUACUGCAGGAGAGCCCCAACCCCUGUACCAGCUCCAACCCGCAGCUCGAGCUCCAGCACUGCAGCAGCAGCAGCAAGGCUGGUUACGACAGCGAAGACUCCGGUCGGGAGCCGUCCAUAUCCAGCGACACUCGCACCGACUCGUCAACGGACAGCUCGAGUCACCGCGCGUCACGCAGCCGGUCCCUCCACCAGUCGACGGGCAGCCACCUCUCCAGCGAGUCCCAGACCACGGUGGUCUGCAACUACGACAUCGGCACACCGCCGCUCGGUGCCGACGCUGGAGAGUCAGCAGUGGAGGGUCCUCCCCGCCCUCCCUCUCCCCCCCUGCAGGAGUACAAGGAGACGGCCGUCUUCCUCCUCUCCUCCCGCAGGCCUCUCACCUCCUCCUCCUCCUCCUCCAGGCCCCUGUCUUCCUCCUCUUCGUCGGGAGUCGGGGGCUGCGAGGGCGGGGCUGGGGGGCCCCACUGGGAGGAUGAGAGCACCAGUAGCGAGAGCAAGUCCAGUUCUUCUGGAGGCCGCUACAGGCCGACCUGGAGGCCCAGGAGAGAGGCCCUGAACAUCGACAGCAUCUUCACCCGACAGAAGGGCUCCUCUCUGGGCUACAGCACUCUGCCCGGCCCCCCUCUCCCCCCGGAGCCCCAGGACUCGCUCCCCUCGGCGGGCGCCGCUCCACAGCCGGGUCUGCAAGAGACGGAAGGGAGGGAGCUCGGGGAGUUGGAGGCGGGGUUUGGGCUGGUCGGGCAGCCCAGGUCUCUGGGCGGCGGGCGGACGAUGGGUCCCCCUGCCCCUCCACCUCUGAGAGGGGUGGAGCACCAGCCACGUCUGAUCCAGAGGAUGGAGAGUGGCUACGAGAGCAGUGAGAGGAACAGCAGCAGCCCCGACAGGGAGGUUGGGCAACAGAAACGGGUGCUGAUGUCAGGACCUUCAUGGCGUUCGGUGCCCAAGUCGAAGAGCAGCAGUGCCAUCCUGCAGGAGCUGCCUUCACCCAGCUGGACCGGCGGCGGCGGUGGCGGCGGCACCAACAUAGGCUCAGGGCGCAGUGAGCUGGACGAGCUGCAGGAGGAGGUGGCGAGGAGAGCCCGCCAGCAGGAGCAGCAGAAGCGCAAGGAGGCGGAGCGCGAGGCGGCCAUGGGAUUCAACCCCAAACCCAGCAAAUUCAUGGACCUGGACCAGCUCCAACACCAGGCUGUGCUCAGACCCCUGCAUGAGGCUAACGCUCAUAGCGGAUUGGCUGUAGCUGCGUGCAUGAGGAGCACUGGGGGCCCAAUCAAACGCAGGCAGGAACAAGAAAUGGAACGGGAGACAGGAAGCGCCCGCCCACAGGGGCCUCGCAGUGAACAGCCUGGCCCGGUCCAAGUACUGCUGACGCCCAAUCAGGAGGAGGAGGAAGAGGACCAGGCGACGCCCAGCCAGGACGCUGCUCUGGGCCAGGACCCGCCCCCUCCGCCCUACCGACCCGCUCCCCCGCGACCCCCGCUCACCCUCAGCAUCCCUCACCCCUGCGCCCCCUCUUCCGGCCGAGGGGAGGCGGCGGCGGCGGAGGCGGAGGACGGAGGCGGGAGGAGAGGAGGGGAGGGAGGCGAGGACGGGAGGGAAGGGACGGGGGUGAGGCUGUGCGAGCUGCUGCAGGCCGGUGGGGUGAGCGUCAGGCCUCUGGGGAAGCACUUAGCCAUCUCUCUGCCCUCGCUUCCUCUGCGUCUCUGGGAUACACACAGCGCCACGCACACCUCGCACUCCGCACACCUCCCACCCACGCACACACACCCUCCCCCUCCACCUCCCCCGCCUCCCCCGUCUCCCCCCUUGGAAGGUGAGAGGAGGCCUCCUCCCGUCACGCCACUCUGGCAGCCGCCCCGGCCCCAUUCCCCCACCGCCGCCGCCACUCAGCACUGGCCGAGGCACGAAGCCGCGGCCUCGGACGGCGCCACUCGUCACUGGUCCUCCUGGAGUUUGGACCGCCCCGACGCCGUGGUGACGCCGUAUGACACGCCCCCCGACCGCUGCGUUCCCAUCAGGCCUCCGAUGCCCAGCAGUCAGAACUACAGCUACAGUUGCCAGUCCUCUCCGGGGCACUACGGCUCCCAGCAUGCCCCGGGGCGGCACAGCGAUCCCUGCUGCGAGCGCGAAGAGGCCGAGCUGUCUGAACUCGACUCCCUUUACCAGGCCAGUCUGCUGGCUGGGAAAACAGGCUGCAGCCCAUCAGAGAGGCUCAUAUCCCGGGUGGGAGGGCAGGCUCGCUCCAAGACCCCCAACGCAGACAUGGAGAGGAGCGUGUACGGGGCCGACUGCACCAGCACCCCCACCUACCUCAACAAGCCAAUGACGUUGCGGGAUCUGCGUUUCGGGGCGGAGCCUGAUGAUGGGGAGAACCUGAGGCGAAUUGGACGCAGCCUGAGCGGCACGGUGGUGACCUCGCGUCGCAGCCGCCUGACUGCAACCCGCAGCUUCGAGCUGUCGGGCGGCGCAGGGAGCUUCUGGCUGUGUCUGACGGGGGUCAAGCUGUCUUCGGACCAGAGUCCUGCUGUGCUUCACUAGAACGUCCCACCGCCUCCACCUCCACGUGGGGCAGCAGCGCCGGCGUCCCCCCCUCCCGCUCC